UUCAUCAAGUAAGAAGACCGCCGAAAUGUAAAUUAUUUCGCCACCAUUAAAAAUUGUCACCAAUUCUAUGAACGCAUAUCAUGUUGAAACACUGUCACAAAGAGGAUUGUUGGGGAGUAUUUAGAACAAUAGUGAGCAGUCGUUAUGGUGCUCUCGUCACGGCCUAGAGCGUAAUCACUGUACGAUCUAAUUUUGAUUGUGUCGAAUGUCCAUCCCGACAUAAUAGAAAACAUCAGUUUCAUCGCGGAUGCCCUCAGAAUAUGACUGCCUACUUUUUCAAAUACUUACCUACCUAAUACAAAAACUCAAAUAGCACUUAAUUUCCGUGAUUGUGAUUUGAGAAUCCUAAAAAUGGUUUUAUAGUGAAAUCAACAUAAUGAUAAGAGGAGCUUGGAACUUUCUGUAUUUUUUUGUUUUGUCAUUUGUCCUUGCGCAAGACCCAAUUGCUAAUUUGCCUCAAGGACGAGCCGUUGGGAUUAAAGUUUAUACCGAGAACUCUUUGACACCCGUAGAAAUAUUUUUUGGCAUUCCUUAUGCAAAGCCCCCAGUAGGGCGGCACAGAUUUUCCGCACCAGAGCGACACACGGGCUGGAGAAGAACUUUCUUUGCACACCGGAUGCCUCCCAAAUGUCCUCAAAUCAGUAAUAAUGGAAACGACUACGUAAACGAAGAUUGUCUUUUCCUGAACAUUUGGACACCACGGCGUGUAGACGGAAGUUCAUUACCUGUUGUGGUUGUACUAUACAGUGAGUCAUGGGAGAAAGGUGGAAUAUCUCUGCCCUAUCAGGAGUUGGCAGCCGAGGGGGUUGUGGUAGUAACUGUAGCCUAUCGCCUCAAUUUGUUAUCCUUCUUCACGCUUCGCACAUUAGGAGCUCGUGGCAACCUGGCUUUACUCGACCAGUACCUGGCUCUUCUGUGGGUGAGGGAGAAUAUUGCUGCAUUUGGUGGCGAUCCAACAGCAAUUACUCUCCUAGGUCAUUCCGCUGGAGCCGAUAGUGUACUUUAUCACAUUGCGUCGCCACGUUCGAUAGGUCUGAUUCAAAGAGCCAUCGUGAUGUCUCCGCUAAAUAUUUGGAGAACUUUAGACAAAGACAUAGAUGUAAACGCUACAGAAGUUGAAAGAAUAUCUUUGGAAAUGGCCCGUUCUCUGGGGUGCAGCAGUGACACAGACCAAGAAAUUUUACAGUGUAUGCGAGCCCGAUCUAUUGCGGAUAUUAUGUCCUUGUAUUCGAAGGUCAAUCGAAGCAACAACUUACAACCAAUACCGGAUGACUUUUUGCCUGAAGCAGAGCAGUUUUUACCUACUCCCUUGUCAGUAGCGUUAUCCGCUGGAAAACAACCAAUGCAACUCGAUGUCAUAUUGGGCACGACCGACCUUGAUGAUAUUAACAGCAAUGGCGACGACUAUGAUGAAUUAUUAAGCAGAGGAGGGUCAUAUAUAGCUGAAUAUGCGAAUACUAAAGCUAUUCCUGAAAUAUUACGAAUGUUUUCAUUACAUCGUUCAGAAGCUUUGCCAUUGUUGCUUCAGGCGAUACGUUGGGAGUAUUGGGGUGCAGGGACACGCGGUCAAGAAGUGAAAGAUACCCUGGAGUCCUUGGAGGCACUGGCUCGGAUGAAAUCGUCCGCUAAAUGGGGUGCUGGUGGAGCUUUAUUAGCGGCAAGAUUGGCCCGUCGUGUAUCGCGCCUAUAUGUCUACCGGUACACGCGACCGGGUAUAAACAUUCAUGGACGACGCUACAACUUCACGGGUGCGGUACACGGAACAGAUUUAGUUGCUCUUCUCGGAGAUGCUCUAAUGUUACAAAUAGCACGCCGACCGACUACUCAGGAAGAAAAACGAUUUUCAACAAAUUUCCGGAAAUACAUUGCCAAUUUUAUUAAGUUUGGAUCUCCAGCUCCAGAGGAAGAAUGGCAACGUUACAAAGUCGGAAAUGCACACAUUCAUGAAAUAAAGGAUUUGAACAUCGAUGACGGUGUAUGUUCCACUAAGGAGGCGGCGUUUUGGCUUCAAUAUCUUCCGCAACUAUCGAACCUACUAAGCACCACAGGAAAAACGGAGCAGCUCACUUCGGAGAAAGGUGAAAGCCGCUUGCGUGGCGGUGUGUUCGCGUUAUGCGGCGUAUCCGUUGUGCUGCUGCUACUGCUCCUCGCAUGCACCAUAUUGUUGCACAGGGAACGAUCGCAUCGUUCCAUAGACGUGGAUUCUCAUCUUGGCAUUCAAUAA